AUGUUGACGACGAGGAGGCUUAGGAAAACCAACGACGGCUGGCGGGCAAUCGGGCCAAUAAUGCCCUUGCAAUGUGAGCGCUGCGGGAAGAUCCACUAUAACAUGGAUUUUUGGACCUACGGCGAUUAUUCAGUGGUUUGCGGAAAAUGCUAUUCAAAUGGGAACUACGGCACCGCUCGUGGCUGCUGGAAACGAGCCCGAUCAACCGGAGAAUAUGAAGAGGUUCGGGUCUGGAAUCCAACGGUGGCAAACCUCACAUUAAUGGCCCUUGGAAGUUCCGCACCUGAAAUCCUGCUCUCCAUCAUCGAAAUUGUUGGCAAUAACUUCCAUUCGGGUGACUUGGGUCCCGGGACGAUUGUUGGCUCUGCCGCCUUCAACCUGUUCUGCAUCUCCGCAAUCUGUGUCCUCACCGUCGGCAAGAAAACCAAACGAAUUGCACUCUUCAAAGUGUUCUGCGUGACGGCCUUCUUCGGAACCUUUGCCUAUAUUUGGCUUCUCAUUUCAGUCCUCGACGCUCUUCCGGCUCCAGAAGAGGGUGACGUCCGGAAAAUGGCCCGAGAUGUCGCUCGAGUCUACCCAGGGCUUGAAGCCGAUGACCAGGCCAAGAUUCUGGCGUACCGGCUAAACCAGAAUAAGGUCCGCGACCGUCUCUACUACCGUAUCCGCGCCAUUCGUCAAUUGACGUCUUCCUGGAAGAAGACCGACGAGGAGAAGGAGGUCCAGGAAUUGGAGGAGAAAGAAGCGGUCAGCCCGGAUCAUACGUCUCAAAAAUUGAAGCCGCGCAUCGAGUUCACGGCACGUGUCUACGCUGUCUAUCCUCAAGAUAAGAAGGUCAAGCUGUCGGUAAUCCGGCGAGGCAACAGUGAUACGGCCCUGACGCUGAACUACAGUACCGUGGAUGGUAUUGGCAAGAAGGAUUUGCACUACUUACCAAAGAUGGAAAACCUGCGCUUUGCCCCGCAGGAAAUGCAAAAAGACAUCGUCAUCGAUUUGGUCGAUGGAGCGGAUUGGAGACCAAACACCGUCUUCUACGUCCACCUGAAAAUUGUGGACCAGGACGAGGGCGGCAAAACGAAACUUGGUGAAUGCAAUAUCGCUCACGUCAAAUGUCCCGAGGAUACCACAUCCUUUAGUGGAACGCCGAACGUUGAAUUUGUCAAGGGAAACUAUGUUUGCAAGGAAAACUGUGGCUGGGUGCGGGUCUUCAUCACAAAGAGGGGCAAGACUAAAACUCCCCAUGAUGUCGGCGUUCGUUUCGAAACUGAAGACAUUUCGGCGAAUGCUAAUGAAGACUACGUUCCCUAUAAGAAUGCGCUGUUGUAUUUCAAGGGCCAAGAGUACGAAAAAUACAUCGAUGUUGAAGUCGUUGACGAUAAGGACGACGAGAAAGAUGAGACGUUUUCGGUCGAGCUGCUAGGAACUGAGGAUCGGGAAACUACAAUCGGCAACAAAAAACGCACGAUCGUGACUAUCAUUUCGGACGACAAUGUCUUGAAAAACAUUACAAAUACCAGAAAAUUGGUCGGCUACUAUUUGAAGCGGAUGACGCCUGGACAGGCCACCUGGCGCGAGCAAAUCAUCAACGCCGCUUCGGUGAAUUCUGGAGAUGUGGCCAACGCUACUGUACUCGAUUGCGUAUUGCAUGGAUUGGCUUUCCCGUGGAAGUUCGCCUUCGCCUUCGUCCCGCCGCCAAUGAUGAUGGGCGGCUGGUUGUGUUUCGUUGUCGCAUUAAUAGCCAUCGGAUUGGUGACGGCCGUCGUAGGCGACAUUGCUUCAAUCUUCGGUUGUAUGGUCGGAAUGCCGGACGCCAUCACCGCCAUCACAUUAGUUGCCCUUGGAACGUCAUUGCCGGAUACUUUUGCGAGCAAAAUCGCUGCUGAAAACGAUGAUUCCGCUGACAACGCAGUCGGAAACGUGACCGGCUCGAACUCUGUGAACGUCUUCCUUGGCCUGGGUCUGCCGUGGUUAGUCGCCGCCUUCUACUGGUGCGACAAGGGCCAACCUUUCGUCGUGAAGGCUGGGGACCUAGGCUUUAGCGUUGCGGUUUUCACAGUCUUCUCCAUCAUCUUCCUCAUCGUCCUCGUCGCCCGCAGAAUGCUGGCCGUUUUCGGAAAAGGAGAACUCGGCGGGCCACCAGGUCCAAAAAUCGCAUGCGGCGUCUUCUUCAUCCUCCUCUGGGUCGCUUAUAUCGGCCUUUCCAUCUGGAAAACACAG